AGCAGCUGGUCUCAUUGCAUUUUGCGUGUUUGACUCUUUUGAAGGGUAUAUUUUUUUUCUUCUUUUGCGUAUACAUUUUUCAAUGAUUGCUGCGGUAAUUAAAGCAACACAACGCGUUUAAUUGACGACAACUACCAUGCGUAAUGUGCCGAAAUCUCUCGGCUUAGUAGUGACAACGCCAGGCGGAAGUGCGGUGGACAGUGGCAUAUCGACAAGUGGGCGGCACAAUAGCCUGGAAGACAUCAAUCUGGAUCAGUUCCUGAAGACUAUCAACUACGAGGAUACAGUGAAGCAGCUGGACAUUUACUAUGGAAUUGUCAAGCGACAGCUGCUGCGUUAUCAGAGCCCCAUCACUGGCCUCUUUCCGGUAAUGAGCACCGAUCAAGUGGUGGGAUCAGUUCGUGAUAGCGUUUACUGUGCUGCCGCCGUGUGGAGCUUGUAUCAGGCCUACAGACGCAUUGACGAUGAUCGCGGCAAGUCGUAUGAACUUGGUCAGAGCACCGUCAAAUGCAUGCGCGGCAUUCUGGAGUGUUGGGUGAAGCAGGCGUCGCGUGUGGAGCUCUUCAAACAACGGCAGUCCAAUCAACAUGCGUUGCACAGCAAAUUCCAGCUGCAUACGGGCGAGAAGAUCUAUCCAGAUGAGUUCUACAAUCAUUUGCAGAUCGACUGCGUUUCGCUUUAUUUGCUGUUCCUGGUGCAGAUGAUUACAUCGGGAUUACAGAUCAUUUACACCCACGAUGAGGUGGCUUUUGUGCAGAAUCUUGUCUACUAUGUGGAGCGCGCAUAUCGCACACCAGACUUUGGCAUGUGGGAGCGUGGGUCCAAGUAUAACAAUGGCACACCAGAGAUUCAUGCCUCUUCCAUAGGCAUGGCCAAGUCUGCUCUGGAGGCUAUCAAUGGCUGCAACUUGUUUGGUGAGAAGGGCGCCUCCUGGAGCGUUGUUUACGUGGACAUUGAUGCUCACAAUCGCAACCGAAGCAUCUUUGAGACAAUGUUGCCGCGUGAAUCCAGCUCCAAGGGCGUGGAUGCUUCGCUGCUGUUGACGCUCUCCUUCCCAGCCUUUGCCUCACACGAGGAUCGUCUGGUGGAGCAGACCAAGCAGAAUGUUGUCAAUCGUUUGCGCAGCAAAAUGGGAUUUAAGCGAUUCACACGCGAUGGUUUCCUGAGCAAAACAGAAGACAAAACACGUCGCUAUUAUCAGGCAGGCGAGUUAAAGGAGUUCGAGGGCCUGGAAUGCGAAUGGCCGCUGUUCUUCAUCACCAUGAUCAUCGAUGGCGUCUUCAAGAACAACAACGAACAGAUCGAGGAGUAUCAGAAUGAUCUGCGUCGUUGCCUGCACACUGAUGCCAAUGGUGAUCCCGUGGUUACCAUGUACUAUGCCCCCGAUGGCGACGGCUCCUAUAUGCGUGCUCCAUCGCAGUCGCUGUUCCUGUGGGGUCAAUCCUUUUUCAUCAUUGCCCAGCUACUUACUGCUGGACUGCUGCACAUUAAUGAAUUGGAUCCGAUUCGUCGCUACUUGCCCAGCUAUAAUCGACCACGACGUGCGGGUCGUUACUCGGCUUUUCAGGGCAAAGCUUUCGAUGAUAAACACAAAGGCACCGCCACUGAUUUGGUGGUACAAAUUGUGCUGAUUGCCGAGUCCAUGCGCCUGCAGGCCAUGAUGGCCACCUACGGCAUCCAAACCCAGACGCCACAUGAGGUGGAACCCGUGCAAAUCUGGAGCUCCACAGAACUUAUCAAGGUCUAUCAGCAUCUGGGCGUCAACAACAAGGUUGGCCUCUCGGGUCGUCCAUCCCGUCCAGUUGGUUCGCUGGGCACCAGCAAAGUCUACCGCAUCUGCGGCAUGACUGUGCUCUGUUAUCCUCUGAUCUUUGAGGUCUCUGACUUUUAUUUGUAUCGCGAUAUGGCGCUCCUCAUCGAUGACAUCAAGACGGAGCUGCAAUUUGUGGGCAAAUAUUGGCGCCUCUCGGGCCGACCAACAGUUUGUCUGUUGAUACGUGAGGAGCACAUGCGUGAUCCGCAAUUCAAGGAGAUGCUCGAUUUGCUGGCCAUGCUAAAGAAGGGCUAUUGCGAUGGCAUGAAGGUGCGCAUUGGUCGGCUGCAGAACCUCAUCAGCAGCUCGUGCAUUGAACAUUUGGAUUUCAUGAACCAGAGCGAUCUGACAGACAAUGAGAAUGCAUUCUCGCAAAUCAAUCAUGAAUACAUUGGCUAUCAAUCCCUCACAGAUGUGCCUAAGGCCUUGACCUAUGUGGAGGAGAAGGUCUCCGUUGCACACUUUGAUAGCAAACCCACGCCCGAUAUUAUCAAUGCGCUGCGCAACACCGAAUCCAUCUAUUGCCUCUGCCAGCUGUGGGGCAUUCUGCUGAACCGCGAGGGACCGCACUUCGAAGUGAAUGGCCUGAAUGUGAAUACAGCUUUGACGCAGCUCUAUCAUCGCGCUGGUUCGCUGCGCUAUUGGCGCGCCGUGCGCUAUUGUUCCUCGUUGCUGCAUCACAUUGUGGACUCCAUCAGUCCGUUUAUUACCACCGUGCUGGUCAAUGGCAAGGAGCUCACCGUGGGCAUUAUUGGCCAAAAGGAGACUGUCUUUGACAAGCCCAUGACGCCAGCUGAGAUUCAGAACGUCAUGUACACUAGUGUGCAGCCGUACGAUGUGAUUCAGGCUGUGCUGCAGCAGGAAGUGGUUUUAUAUUGUGGUCGUCUCAUUGCCACCAAUCCGUCCAUGUUCCGUGGUAUUCUGAAAAUACGCAUUGGCUGGGUACUCGAGGCUAUGCGCAUCUACCUGCAGAUCUCGGGACAGCAGAGCAUCGAUGUGGACAAUCUGUCGCCGUUCCAAGUGCGCAUCCUACUGCAGAAGGUGCUCACAGUCAGCGAGUGGGCUGUGGAGGAGAAAUUGACAACGCUGCAGCGACGCCAACUCGAGGGCUGCUUGUGUCGUGUGCCCAAGCACUUUUAUAACAAGAUAUGGGAGAUCCUACAGCGCACACCUCAGGGCAUCCUGACGCAAGGACAUCAUCUGCCUGCCACGCCGACACUGACAAGCAUGAGUCGCGGCGAAUUGACUUUCAAUCUGCUCGUGGAGGAAACUCUCAUUUGCAUCGAUCGUCCGGAAAGGCGACAGAUCACCGUCGAGCUGCUCUGCAUUGUGGCCACGAUUCUCAACCGCAAUCCGGAGUUGCACUUCAAGCAAGCACUCGAUCUUGAUGGCAUAUUGGCUGAGGCUUUUGCCAUGUACUGCAAGGAUAACAACAUACAGCAUCAGCCGCAGUCCACAGAAGCCAAGCAGGAGGAUUUGACGGCUUUCUACUCGUUGCCGUACUCGGAGACAACUGGCUAUUUGGCACGUGCUGCUGUUAAUAAAGUGCUGCAGGGCGGCGUCUUCUCCACCGCCGAGGACGAUGUGCAGCUUGAUGGUGAUCAUCUCCAUGACGACAAUUGCAAGGUGUCCUAAGCGUGCAGGCACAAAGACAAUGCCUUUGUAUAUAACGCAGUUUUUGCCAUAUCCUCGUUAUUGUUGACCAAAAUGAAUGAAGUACCACUCUUAACUAUCCAAAGUAGCUCGAAUUUGUAGCCUGUUCUAACUAUUUUUAUUGUAUGUGUCCCGCUCUCCUUGUCUAUGCCUUUAGUUGUUAAUUAAAUGUUAUAUAUUCUAUUAUA